AUGGCUCCCAUCGAGGUGGUUAGCCUCAGCCAGCAGAGCCCCGUCACCUGCCAUGCCUUUAACGCGGACCGCUCUCAGAUCGCUGUUAGCCUGAACUCCAACGAAGUUCGGAUUUACGCUCGUCAGGGCAAUGUCUGGAACCAUAUCGAUACGCUCUCUGAGCACGACAAGCCGAUCACCUCCAUCGACUGGGCUCCUAAAUCCAAUCGCAUCGUUACCUCUGCGCAGGACAGGAACGCGUAUGUCUGGCAGCAAACUCCCGAUCCCCAGACCGGGAAUGUAAUUUGGAAGCCCACGCUUGUCCUGCUUCGUGUUAACCGCGCUGCGACAUUUGUGCGCUGGAGCCCAAAUGAGGACAAGUUUGCCGUUGCAAGUGGUGCUCGUGCGAUCGCCAUCUGCUCCUUCGAUCCGGAGGGUGACUGGUGGGUCUCCCGUCUGCUCAAGAAGCCCAUCCGGUCGACUGUUCUGUCUGUCGACUGGCACCCCAAUAAUGUCCUACUUGCUGCUGGGAGUGCCGACAUGAAGGCGCGCGUUUUCUCCGCCUACAUCAAGGACGUCGAUAAGAGGCCUGCUCCCUCUGUCUGGGGCGAGAAGUUGCCCUUCAACACAAUCUGUGGUGAAUACGCUAGCCCGUCCGGAGGUUGGGUUCACAGUGUCGGCUUCUCUCCUUCCGGUGACGUGCUCGCCUUCGCUUCUCACGACAGCACUCUCAAUAUCGUCUACCCCGGCGGCCCUGCUAUCUACACCAUCAAGUUGGCCAUCCUUCCGCUGGUCACACUGACCUGGACUACCGAGGAGACGAUCGUAGCUGCGGGCCACGAUUGCCAGCCCCUGGUAUUCGGCGGCAACCAUGGUGGCUGGGAGCUCAUUGGCAGCCUCGACGACGUGCACUCCAACAAGUCGUCUGGCGGCUCGCGGUCAGGCUUCGGUGGCGCAUCGCCUGUCGGUCGUCUCAACAGCGCUGCGUUCAACACCUUCCGCAAUGCUGCGGAACGCGGUAUCUCCAACGUCCCCGGAUCUCCGACCACCUCUUCUUCCACGGAGUCCGAAGUCUUCACGGUCCAUCAGAAUACGAUUACCAGCGUGCGACCGUACGCAGGCGUGCCCGGCCAGGUCACGCAGGUCAGCACGUCUGGUGUGGACGGGAAGCUCGUUGUUUGGGACGUCAACGCCGUCACGCCUAUCAGCGCCACUGGAUUAGCUGGGAAGCUAGGAAAGCUACAGGUGCGGUGA